AUUCGAAACAGCCGAGUGUUGAGGGCGAGUCACGCUGCCAACGUUUGAUUCCCUCGCCUGAGGGAAAGACGUCUUAGCGCUCCUCCCCCGUUGCUUCAUCAAGUAACGAAAUAGCGGAUGUUUCCUCAGCCCCUUCGUUGAUCGUCGCCUUUUCGUGUCUGACUAAACAGCUACGCAAUGAACGACCCUAUAGAUAGAUACGUAUUUUUGCCGUUUUCCUUUCAGUUCCAUUCUCGAGUUCCUAAAUAUUUUCUGUGAAACAACACAAUGCAACGACUGGAUGAGUAUUUUAUGUACUUGCGAACCAGUAAUAAGUCGGCUGGCCGUCCAUCUGUUAAACGAUUAACACAAUUGUUUGCGAAAUCUAAUCCUCCUUCUUUAGUUUCUACGCAGUGGACAUUCUUAACCUCCUCGGUUGAAAUAUUGCAAAGUCCAGAUGAAGCCUUCAUCCAACUAUGAGUUACCGUCCGGCCAUUUCUAGUUACUCUCAAUGUUACGCAAUAUUCUUAAAGAUUCAUUCCGCUGAUAUAUUGGACAGUCACGCUGGAUGUGUAGGUAGAGGUAGUACAAAACGAUUGGCAGAAAGCGUCAAUAUAGGGCGGGUCGUCGUUGCGGUGCAGUACUGAAAUGGCAGUCGACAUAUCGAGGUGACCCAUUGAGCUGGAAUAUGGAGUUACAUCUUUCUUCAGCCAUUUUUUUCUUGAUCGUCGUGAUGUCGGCGUGGACGCUUUUUUCUACAAUUGGCGAAGCUAAAGUGUUUUCGAAAUGUGACUUUGUCGCCGAAGCUAAAAAACAUUUUCCAGUGGAACAGAUCGAUAAAUUACAAACUUCUGCCUAUUCAAUGCUUGAGCUAUUUUUCGAGUUUUGCUAGGGACGUGCAUUGCUCGCUACGAGAGCAACUUCAACACCGACGCAAUCAAUACGGGUAAUUGGGACAACUCAACUGACCACGGCAUUUUUCAGGCUGUACCCGAGGGAUGGAACGGCACGAGACUGACCGAAAAGCUAAAAUCGAGUAUCUGUUGCUCACAUAGGAGCAGUUCGACCACAAAUUUGAAAACAGGCAAAAUAGAAUGAAUUUCAUUUUCGGGAAGAUCCCUCUUAACUCUCUUCGGACAAAGGCUGCUUCGUAAGCAACUAUUGUAUAUUUCGUUGAAAGGGAAAGACACUGGUAUUGUUAAUAGUUACGUAGUCGCUCUUUUCGAGCUCUACUGUAGAUAACCCACUCAUAUAAUUUUACACGAAUAUUCAUAGAAAAAAAAAAAUGAUACUUGCCUAAUCUAGAAAAUAGGUUACCCAAACGCCAUUUAUUGUCAAAGCGUUAGCGAACUGAUGCCAAAGCAACGCUGCGCGUUGAGCAAGAGAAACCAGCAGGAGGUGUACUAUUCAUGUUUUAACAUCAAUGAUCGAUAUUGGUGUUCGCCAGGACCAGCCAACAUCUGCAACGUCAGCUGUGAAGCUCUACGGUCGGAGAAUUUAACAGAAGCAAUUGCGUGCGCCCAACGAAUUUUAUCGAUUCAGGGCUUUAGCGCCUGGACCGUGUACCCACUCUAUUGCAAUAACAGCUUCAACUAUAGUCAAGACUGCAACACUCCGGGUAGCGACUUUAGUUCCAGAAAGUUUAGCUUCUCGUUUGCAGCCCCGCCAUCGCUUUUCAAUCCACUUGAUAGUAGAGUCGCAGCAGACAGAAACGUAAUAACUGCAGUGAGCAGAAUCACAACUCCGUAUGUCAAAAACACAGCUUUGCCUUCACCGACCGGAGGUCCUAUAAUUAAAGGAACUAUCGGGUCGAUAUCAACGUACUUAUCGUAUUCUACAACAAAAGCAUCACCAGCAGCCCUUCAAAACGACCUAAGCUCGUCAACAACCGAUUUGGGGGUUACAGUUUCCAGUUUAGCGUUUUCCACUUCCUCCUCGGGAAUUUAUCGUGACAGAACCUUUAUUGCUACCACAGUACCGUACUCGUCUUCGACGCUCGGACUCGGGCAGAAUUUUCGUCCAGGACCUCAGGGAACUACAGCUCCGCCACACCUAAAGAAACACAUCCAGAGAAACGAUACUUCACCGUAAAAAAUACUGGCUGGUAGUAAGGAAAUAGGUGUUCUGUUCCCCUAACGAACAGCGUUCCAGUGCAAUAAAGUGAUAUCUUCUAAUAAAGUUGGAAUGCUAAUGGAAUUUAUUUAUAUGUAUGAAAAAAAUCCAAGUUGAAAAAUCUAUAGGAACUUGCAAUCUAAAUUAAGAGGUAAUUUAUUCGAAAGAGGACUACGCGAAAAUAUGAUGCAGCUAAAAAGCACUACCGAAAGCUUGUAGACGCAGUAUCGAAUCUCAAUUGGUAAAAACCGAGCCUAUUAUUGUAAGCUAAGUAGCGAACCCGGUGGCUUGACUAUUUUUCACCACUAAUAAAAUUCACUUCAAUAAAUGUAUAUAAUUUUUGAAAUUUAUGUAAUAUUAUCAUAGACUUGAGUCCGUUAACUAAGGCGCAUGAGUUCCUGAAAGUCAAAAGGAACCCUUUUCGGCUAUGUUAGGAUAUUUUACCGUAAAU